AAUGUCAAAAUUGGUCAAAAUGUCAAAACAAAACCUAACCUAGUCAUUCAAACCAUUUCCAAAAAUUAAUAAGAUCUCUUGGUAUAAUCAAAUAGUUAAAUGUUCUUGAAGGGUUAAGUAUGUUUCACGCGAGACGGUACAUCAGGUUAAGCGCGUAUUUCUUAAAUCGACACCUAUCAUACCAUUAUUCUAAUGAAAUUGGAACAAACUUCAACAUACCACCGAUUCCUACUUACCAUUAUGAAAAUUAUAGAGAUAAAUCCAAAGAAAACCCUUGGUGGAAAACUCCUUCUCCGUAUCUUUUCUCAUUAGCGUUGGCCACCGUUUACUGUGACAGCAACAAUAAGUUUAAUGAAAAAAGAUUUUUCCGGGCUGUCCAAAACGGCGAAGACAUUGAUUUAAAAAGACUUUUAGCAAAACAGCAAUUAAAUGUUAACGUACGACAUAAAUUGGGAUGGACUGCUCUUAUGGUCGCCGCUGUUAACGGUCGAAGUGAAAUUUGUAAGGUUUUAUUAGAAAAAGGAGCCGACCCUAAUUUAGGUGAUAUGUACAUUAAUGCUAGUAGAACAGCCGCUGAGAAAGGAUUACACUCAAUUGAAGUAUUAAUGUCCCGUGAUGAAGAAUUUUCUGGAAAAUUAAAUAAUCGAGCUACAUUCCUUGGGUUUACUGCUUUGCAUUAUGCUGUUUUAUCAGAUCAAACUGAAAUAGUUCGAAUGUUAUUAAUGAAUGGGGCGAAUCCAUUGAUUGAAAAUGAUGCCGGGCACCGGCCUGCCCAAUAUGCUAAUGAUGAAGAAAUUAAAAAACAAUUACAUGAAUAUACAGCUAAGUUUGAGGUGUUACAACGCGAAAAAGAAUUAGAAGAACGACGACGAUUUCCUCUUGAGGAUCGUUUAAAACAGUUUAUUGUCGGACAAGAAGGUGCGAUAACAACAGUAGCAGCUACUGUUCGUCGUAAAGAAAAUGGUUGGGCAGACGAUGAUCAUCCAUUAGUAUUCUUAUUUCUCGGUUCUUCCGGAAUUGGUAAAACUGAAUUAGCUAAACAAUUAGCUUCUUAUAUCCAUAAAGAAAAGCUUCCUGGUUUUAUAAGACUCGAUAUGUCCGAGUAUCAAGAAAAACACGAAGUAGCUAAAUUAAUUGGAGCUCCUCCUGGUUAUAUCGGCCACGAUGAAGGUGGCCAAUUAACGAAAAAACUUAAAAAAUGCCCGAACGCUGUUGUUUUAUUCGACGAAGUCGAUAAAGCCCACCCGGAUGUUUUAACGGUUCUUUUACAACUUUUCGAUGAAGGUAGAUUAACAGACGGUCAAGGAAAAACGAUAGAAUGUAAAAAUGCUAUUUUUAUAAUGACUUCGAAUUUGGCUAGCGAUGAAAUCGCUCAUCACGGGAUUGAAUUAAGAGAUGAAAUCGAAAAGAUUCGCACAGAAAGAUUAAUAAAUAACAUUGAAAGUGAAAAAACUUAUAACGAUAAUAUAGUUGUUAGUAGAAAAUUUAAAGAUCAAGUUGUUAAACCAAUUUUGAAAAGGCAUUUUAAAAGGGAUGAAUUUUUGGGGAGAAUUAAUGAAAUUGUUUAUUUUUUACCAUUUUCUAGAAGUGAAUUAAUUCAGUUGGUCGAAAAAGAGUUGCAAUUAUGGGCGCAAAGAGCAAAAGAUAAACAUAAAAUCGAUUUAAUGUGGGAUAGAAACGUUCAAUCGACUUUAGCUGAUGGUUAUGAUAUUAAUUAUGGGGCAAGAUCGAUAAAAUACGAAGUAGAACGACGAGUUGUUAAUCAAUUAGCGGCUGCUCACGAAAAAGGAAUUAUUUGUUCUGGAUGUACUGUCAAAGUUUCCGCUAUCUCUGUAGAUCCAACAAAAACACCGAUGAUUCGAUUAGCAGUUCGUCAACAAGGAGUUAAUGAUUAUAUGGAAAUUGAUAACAGUUUUAAACCGUUAAAAAAUAAACGAGUUUUCUUUUAAUUUCGUUUAUUUAAAAUAAAUACAAUUCAUACACUCUGA